AUGGGAGGUUGGAUAAUCAAAAUCAAAUGGGAGGAUGCGAGUUGACGAAGAAUCGCUGAGAUCAUCAUGUUUCAUGGUUCCAACAUGAUAACUAGGAUCAGGUUUGACUCUGUUUCUUAUGUUUCUGUCCCUAUUCUUCUCACACCCACCAUUAGACCCACUUUCCAUUCUUCUGCUUCUGCCCCAUUUUUCACCAAACUCAAACCCACUUCACUCUUCGCUUCUUCUUACUCCUUCUUCUCCGCCACUACCCCACCACGAUCCACCAUGCUUCACCACGACCCUCUUGUCUCCGACAUCUAUGCCACUGCUCUUUCUGUCGUCGUUGCCUUGUCCUCCCUUAGAUUGUGGCAAGAAACUGCUAAACGAGGCCUCUUUGACCAGAAAUUAAAUAGGAAACUUGUACAUAUAACCAUUGGGCUGUUAUUCAUGCUCUGCUGGCCACUUUUCAGUACAGACAAUAGGGCUUCAUUCUUUGCUGCUCUCAUUCCGGGAGUCAAUAUAAUUCGUAUGCUUGUUACUGGACUUGGAAUAUGGAAAGAUGAGGCCACAGUGAAAUCAAUGAGCAGAUUUGGAGAUUACAGGGAACUUCUUAAAGGACCACUGUAUUAUGCCACGACUAUUACUUUGGCAUCCAUAAUAUACUGGAGAACUUCACCUAUUUCCAUUGCUGCAAUAUGUAAUCUGUGUGCUGGAGAUGGCAUCGCUGACAUUGUUGGAAGGCGAUUUGGUGGUAAAAAGAUACCUUACAACCAAAACAAGUCUUACGCUGGUUCAAUUGCAAUGGCAUUAGCUGGAUUCUUAGCUUCUGUUGGGUAUAUGUGGUAUUUUUCCUCAUUUGGAUUUAUUGAGGGAAGCUGGAACUUGGUUCUACGUUUUCUAAUUGUGUCCACUGUCUCAGCACUUGUGGAGUCCCUUCCUAUCAGCACAGCGCUUGAUGACAACCUAACAGUUCCCCUCACUUCCAUAUUGGUGGGAAGUAUCGUUUUCUGAGAUUAAGCAUAUUGUUGUAAAACAAAUCAGCAAAUUUUAGGAAUUGGUUCUUUACAUCUUUCAUUCUGGUUAGAAUGUUUAUUCUAUUUCUAUACAUUAAGUAGCCUAUGUUGUUUAACAGAUAAAACACAUUGGUUCUUGUAGUGUAUCUUCACCAUCAAUACUAUAAGACAAUUUUAACUCUUAUGUAUGUUAUAUACAUGAAUGCUUACAAUUCUGGUUCACAACCCAGCUAUGGAUAUAUCGGAUUAUAACCGCGAU